AAACCGAACAAUUGUUACUAAAAACCAUACAAUAUAUCUAAAACCACCAACAGACCUUCUCCUUCCUCUUUUCAUUCGUAUACGGUUUGCUGACAUGAAUUGGAGGCUUAACUAUCAUUUUGAAUUACAACUAACAUUUCUUUUGGAGAUUUGCCGGCGACGAGAGUAGAGUAGAUCUCUGAGAGAAGAACGACGGAGGGAUUCAGUGGGUUCUUCGAAUUCGUCGUUCUUUUUCUUUGAGAGAGAAAACGAAAAAAUUAAGGUUAAAGAAGUCAUGAUGAUGUUUAAUGAGAUGGGAAUGUAUGGAAACAUGGAUUUCUUCUCAUCCUCGACAACUCUCGAUGUGUGUCCAUUACCACAAACAGAACAAGAACCAGUGGUUGAAGACGUCGACUAUACCGAUGAUGAAAUGGAUGUGGAUGAGCUUGAGAAGAGGAUGUGGAGAGACAAAAUGCGUUUGAAACGUCUCAAGGAGCAGCAGAGUAAGUGUAAAGAAGGCGUUGAUGGUUCGAAACAGAGACAGUCGCAGGAGCAAGCGAGGAGGAAGAAAAUGUCUAGAGCUCAAGAUGGGAUCUUGAAGUAUAUGUUGAAGAUGAUGGAAGUUUGUAAAGCUCAAGGCUUUGUUUAUGGUAUUAUUCCUGAGAAGGGUAAGCCUGUGACUGGUGCUUCGGAUAAUUUGAGGGAAUGGUGGAAAGAUAAGGUUAGGUUUGAUCGUAAUGGUCCAGCUGCUAUUGCUAAGUAUCAAGCAGAGAAUAAUAUUCCUGGAGGGAGUAAUGAUUGUAACAGUUUGGUUGGUCCAACACCGCAUACGCUUCAGGAGCUUCAGGACACGACUCUUGGCUCGCUUUUAUCGGCUUUGAUGCAGCAUUGUGAUCCUCCGCAGAGGCGGUUUCCGUUGGAGAAAGGAGUUUCUCCACCUUGGUGGCCUAAUGGGAAUGAAGAUUGGUGGCCUCAGCUUGGUUUGCCAAAUGAGCAAGGUCCUCCUCCUUAUAAGAAGCCUCAUGAUUUGAAGAAAGCUUGGAAAGUUGGUGUUUUGACUGCGGUGAUCAAGCAUAUGUCGCCUGAUAUUGCGAAAAUCCGUAAGCUUGUGAGGCAAUCGAAAUGCUUGCAGGAUAAGAUGACGGCGAAAGAGAGUGCUACUUGGCUUGCCAUUAUUAACCAAGAAGAGGUUGUGGCGCGGGAGCUUUAUCCCGAGUCAUGCCCUCCUCUUUCUUCUUCAUCAUCUUUGGGAAGCGGGUCACUUCUCAUUAAUGAUUGUAGUGAGUAUGACGUUGAAGGUUUUGAGAAGGAACAACCGAGUUUUGAUGUGGAAGAGCGAAAACCAGAGAUUGUUAUGAUGAAUCCUCUAGCAAGCUUUGGGAUUGCUAAAAUGCAACAUUUUCCCAUAAAGGAGGAGGUCGCCACCGCGGUAAACUUGGAAUUUACGAGAAAGAGGAAGCCGAACAACGAGAUGAAUGUUAUGAUUAUGGACAGACCAGCAGGUUACACUUGUGAGAAUGGCCAGUGUCCUCACAGCAAAAUGAAUCUUGGAUUUCAAGACAGGAGUUCAAGGGACAACCACCAAAUGGUUUGUCCAUACAGAGACAAUCACGUAGCGUAUGGAGCAUUAAAGUUCCAUAUGGGUGGAAUGAAACCAGUAGUUCCUCAGCAAUCAGUCCAACCGAUCGACCUAUCAGCCUUUGGAGUUCCGGAAAACGGGCAGAAGAUGAUCACUGACCUUAUGGCCAUGUACGAUAGAAACGUCCAGAGCAACCAAGCUCCUCCUCCAGUGACGGAAAAUCAAAGCAUGAUCAUUGAUGCAAAAGCAGCUCAGAAUCAGCAGAUGAGUUUCAACCGCGGCAAUCAAAUGUUUAUGCAACAAGGCACAAACAACGGGGUUAACAAUCGGUUCCAGAUGGUGUUUGAUUCGACGCCUUUUGAUAUGGCAGCAUUCGAUUACAGAGAUGAUUGGCAAACCGGAGCAAUGGAAGGAAUGCAAAAGCAGCAGCAGCAAGAUGUGUCAAUCUGGUUCUGAAUAUUACACACUCUCUGUAACAUUCAUUCUUUCAUAAUAACACUCUGUUACCUAC